UUAUUGAAAAUUAUUUCAGCUUUAAGAUUGGUCGGAGGAUCCAGGAGCUCGGAAGGAAGAGUUGAAGUAUUUCAUAAUAACGCCUGGGGAACAGUUUGUGAUGACUCCUGGGAUAUAAAUGAUGCACAUGUCAUUUGCCGUCAGCUCGGGUAUCCUGGCGCUAUUAGUGCUCCAGGGUCUGCCCGAUUCGGGGCUGGAAGUGGUCCAAUUUGGCUGGAUGAUGUGAAUUGUCAAGGCAACGAAACUUCAAUUCUCUAUUGUGGGCACAGAGGAUGGGGCAUCGAGAACUGCGGUCACCAUGAAGAUGCCUCAGUAGUAUGUUAUGGACAAGGAUCUGGAGGUAAGAGUGCUAAGCAUGCUUUCUUUGUAAGACAAGCUAGAAUACUCCACUUUCCUAUCUCUAAGCGACAUUCUCCUUAAAUAAAUAAAUAAGUAAAUAAAUAAAUUUAUAAAAUGUUUAAUCAGUAAUAGAAGUAACAGAUAAUAAUAUAAUAGUUAUUAUGAUAAUAAUUAUAAUUUUUAAUCAAUAAUAAAUGAUAGAUACCUUAUUCAACUUUUAAAAAUAUAAUAAUAAUAAUAUUAAUAAUAAUAAUAAUAAUAAUAAUAAUAAUAAUCCUAAUAAUAAUGAUAAUGAUAAUGAUAUUGUAAUAAUUAUGAUAAUAAUUUUAUAAUGGCAGUGAAAAUGAUAAUGACAAUAAUAAUGAUAACGAUAAUACUGUGAUAAUAAUGAUCAUAAUCAUAUCUAUAACAAAUUUCUCAAAGCUGACUGGCUAUCAGCCUGCGUGGUAGCCGGACUUGCCACUCCUCAGGAGGAGGAGAAAAAGCGGAAGUACCAACAGAGGGUGCUGGAUGUUGAAAUGGGAUCUUUCACUCGCCUAGUUUUUGCAACCAACGGCGGGAUGGGAGCCGACUGCAACUGCUUCCUCAAACGCCUAGCCGAGAAGCUCUCAGAAAAGAAUGAGGAACCUUUUUUAUUUUAUUUAUUUAUUUAUUUUAUUUGCCACACUAAUUACAAAAAAUAUAGGAAAAGAAGAAGAAGAAGAAAAAAAAGAAUUGGCGAGGAGACCUAACAGAAACUAUAGGAGCUUAUGAGAGGUUAUGCCUCCUCGAACUAUGAGCUAGAGCUGUUUCACAUCAAUUGAAGAGAAGAAGGCGAAAAGUCGAAGAUGGAAAGAUUUAUAAACUGUUUUCAUACUUACUCAAUAAUCUAAUCUUCAGUUUUUUCUUAAAAGAGGAGAGGGAUUGAGAGUUGAUGAUCUUGUUGUCAAGUGAAUUAAAAAACUUAGGCCCUUGAAAAAAGGGCGAGAACUUCUUCGUGUUUGUACGACAAUACGGUAGACGGUAGGCCUGGGAAUUUCUUGUAUUGUAAGAGUGGAAUUGAUUGCUUUGAGAGAAAUUGUUAUUAAACUUUGGAGGUAAGAAUGAAUUUUUGCAAGAAUACAUAAGUUGGCCCAGUUGAAGCACAUGGAUAUCAUUAAAUUUUAGUAUACCGAGGUCCUUAAAGAUGGGGUCAGUAUGAGCAUUAAAAUGUGAUUUAUUAAUAAUUCUAAUAAUGCGCUUUUGCAGGAUAACAAGGCGGCGGAGAUUAGUUUUAUAGGUCGAAGCCCAAACGAUAUUGCAGUAGUAAAAAUAAGGAUAAAUUAAGGAAUAGUAGAGCAUACGUAAAGACGAUUUAGGAAGAAAGAAGCUGCAUCUAGAUAUUAUACCGAUUGACUUCGCAACUUUACUUGCAACGUGAGAUAUUUCCGACUUCCAAUUUAGGUUUUCAUCCAAAAUUACGCCUAGAAAAUUUGUCUCCUUUACUUUAGCAAUAUUUUGAUUAUCUAUACUUAUUUGAAUAUUACAAAUUGAACGCUUUUGUCUUGGUUUGAAGACCAUAAAUUUAGUCUUUUUAAGAUUUAGAGAAAGCUUGUUUGCUUUAAACCAGAUUGACAGUUUGUCCAUCUCCAAGUUUAACAUAUCUGAGAGAUAGUUCAGAUCUUUAUGUGACAUGAAUACAUUGGUAUCGUCAGCGAACAAUAUCAGAUUUAAUAGAUUAGAAGCAUUGUUGAUGUCGUUAAUGUACAGUAAGAAAAAUGAGAUUUCAUUUCUUAACAAACGGUGGCCAUUAUAUUCAACAUAUUGCUUUCUGUUUGAAAAGUAACUUCUUAUCCAGUCCAGCGCUAAGCCACGAAUACCGUAAUGUUCGAGUUUAUCAAAAAGGAUGAUAUGAUUUACAGUGUCAAAGGCUUUUGAGAGGUCAAGAAAAAUACCUACGGAAAAUUCACCUCGGUCAAAGGCAGUAGAGAUCUUAUCAUGCAAGUCGAUUAGCGCGAGUGCAGUGGAAUGAUUUUUCCUGAAGCCGUAUUGGUUACUACAGAGGAUGUUGAAGUUCAUCAGAUAUUGCAUUAAACGAUUGUAGAUAACUCUUUCAAAGAAUUUUGAAAAACUGGGAAGCACCGAGAUAGGUCGGUAGUUGGUGAAAAGCGACUGAUCAUCAGAUUUAAAAAUAGGUAUCACGCGAGCGAUUUUCAUUUCAUCGGGAACAAUACCAUGCUGGAUUGACAAGUUUAUGAUAUGGGUGAGUGGUUCAGAAACAAGUAGAAUGGACUCCUUAAUGACUGUCAUUGGAAUCUGGUCGUAGCCAGCUGCUUUGCCUGGAAGAAAAGUUUUCGCAAUCUCAGUGAUCUCAUCUUGAGUUGUAGGGUUGAAGAAUAUUGACUGUGUAAAGGAACCAUUAAGAAAACAACGGUGUGAAGCUGACGACUGUAUACCCCUUGCUAAAUUAGGACCGAUGCUUGAAAAAUAACUACAAAACUUGUUGGCAAUUUCGACAGGAUCAGUAACUUCACGAUCAUCAGCUUUAAAUGUUGAGCAUCUAUUGGAAUUUCUUUUGCUUCUGUUUAGAAUUUCAUUUAAAACUUUCCAAGUAGCACGAGUAUUAGAUUGAACGUUAUUCAAUUUCUUCUCAUAGUAUAGACGUUUUGCUGUCCGCAGAGAAUGAUUUAAUUUGUUUUUAUAACUUUUGUAAACUGAUUGACGAUCCAUUGUUGGAUUUCGCAGAUAUUUUUUAUAAAGCCUAUUUUUCUUCUUAAUACACUUAAUAAGCGCAUUGGAUAGCCACGGCUUAUUUAAACGAGACUGUUUUCUAGUUAAUUUUUUUACAGGGAAGCACACAUUAUAACUUUCAGAAUACUUCUUUAUAAAGCUAUUAUACGCGUUUUUGUGUUCAUGAUAACCAUCAAGGGAGGACCAGAUAAUUUCUUUUAGCGUUUCGAGAAAACUCGCUAAGUUUUCUUUAUUAUUGUCUCGAAUGACCACUGGGUCAUGAGCGUGGCUGUUGGAAGAGUCAUUAUUUGAAUGAAUCGAAAAAACAGGUAAGUGAUCAGAGAUAUCAGUAAUCAAUAAACCACUUCUCGAGUGAUCAAAAAAUGUGUUUGCGAAAAUGUUAUCUAGUGAUGUUGCGGUGUGAGAAGUUAUUCGGGUGGGACGUGUUAUCAUGGGAAAAAACAUAUACGAGUGCAAUCCAUCAAGGAAUUCGCCAGUGUUUUGGUGAUGUUGAAAGUUAAUUAAAUUCAAAUUGAAAUCACCCAUAAUAAAACAUAUUUUGUUCUCUCUAGAGAUUUUCGCUAACAGAUCAUUGUGUUUAAAAUCGAGAUUGUCAGAAAUAUAUAAGCCAACACCACCACCAGUUCUAUUUGGGCGAUGUUUGUGAAUAAAAUUGAAACCAUCUAUGUCUACUGAAUGGGAAUAAUCAUUUAGCCAAGUCUCAGAAACGCCAAUUAAAGAGAACCUAAUAUUCAAGCAUGUCAAAAGAAUAGAAAGGCUGUUUAGAUUACGUUGAAGACUACGAAUAUUUAGGUGUAGGAGCGAAAAAUCUUCAUCACAUAAAUUAUCAUUUCUCAACAUUUCGUUAAAUUUGUCUUCAAUGUAGUAAUCACAGUGGACGUCGACUGUGCAGAAAUUAACAUCAGGAUCUAUAUCGUCAGAACGAGUUAGGGAAAGAUUGUGACUUGAAAAUAAAGGAUGGUAAUUUAGGCUGGAAAGUCUGUCAGGAUCAUAACGGACCGGGCCAUGUUGAAGUUCGUAAAUUGCAAGGUUAAAACUAUAAUCGUCUAAAGCAUUAAAAGGUAAAGUGUGAUCAGGAAUCGAAGCCAUGGCUAAUAAAUAAUAAACACAUAAAUACGUACUAUAAAAAUUAUAGAAAGCUAAAGCACAAAACUACACAGCUACUUAACUGGGACGCUCAAUUCUGUCUUUAAUAACCAGCCUGUCUAAAACGAAAUAGGCUAUUUUCCCAUUUCUUCUCGCUUCUUCAAACUUAGGACGCUGCUCUUCCCUCUUGUCAAGGGUUUCUUGUGCCAGGUCUUCAUUAACAAAAAUUCCAGGGGGCUUGAUUCUCCUCGCACUUCUGAUGAUCAGUUCUUUUUGCUUCCAAUCGCGGAGGCGACAGACGAUGGUCCUUGGACGUCUUACGGAGCCAGUUGUAGCAUUUGCUCUUCUGCCGACUCGAUGAGCCCGCUCGAUAUCCGGUUCUUCAUCGAGGUUAAGCUUCUCUUUGAGUAUCUCCUUUGCUUUGGUUUCGGUGUUGUCCCAAGUUUCUGCUUCUUCCUCUCGAAUGCCGUCUAUUCGAAUAUUACUCCUUCUACUUUGGUUCUCCAGAUAUUCGAUCUUAUCAGUGUGGUAAUCGAGGGAACCGCACAUCUUUUCAAUCUCUUCUUCGACCUCAUGCAGUCGGGAUGAGCAUGGUUUCAAGUCCUUGAUAUCUUUCUGGGAGAACUCGAGGCUCACCUUCAAGUCGCUAGUGUCUUUCUCGUAAAUAUCUAGUCUAGCUUUGAUUUCUGCGACUUGGCCGAUGACGGAAUCUAGCCGUGCGUUUACGUUGGCUAACAGUGAGUCGAAUAAAUUCUUAAAACAUUAUAACAUUACUGUUUCUUGGAUUAGAACAUUGCUUUCUUUUGAGAUUUUAAGGUCGGCACACACAUGCGUAAGAGGUAUAUAGUCAGGUAUUUAGACGGUUUGCAGCACAGGCUAACUGGCUAUCAAUUGGCCUGACUUCAGCACUAAUAGGACAAUGUAAUAGGGCAGUACGCGUCAUGCCUUAUUAAAUGCGCGAAAUUAAAUGGCUUUGUGUCCUCCAAUUCGUGUCGGUAAACAUACUCGUUAUGAAACAAAUCAGACUCCCGCCACGCGGUCGUCUGAUUACAGCCCGAAUUGGACUCCACUCAGUCCUAUUACCAUUACAACUACUACUACUACUACUACUACUACUACUACUACUACUACUACUACUACUACCACUACCACUACCACUACCACUACCACUACCACUACCACUACCACUACCACUACCACUACCACUACCACUACCACUACCACUACCACUACCACUACCACUACCACUACCACUACCACUACCACUACCACUACCACUACCACUACCACUACCACUACCACUACCACUACCACUACCACUACCACUACCACUACCACUACCACUGCCACUGCCACUGCCACUGCCCCUGCCCCUGCCACUGCCCCUGCCACUGCCACUGCAAAUGCCAAUGCCACUGCCACUGCUACUGCUGCUGCUGCAGCUACUACCACUAACAACAACAACAACAAUAAUAAUGAUAAUAAUAAUAAUCAUCAUCAUCAUCAUCAUCAUCAUCAUCAACAUCAUUAAACGUUCUUCCUUGAAAUUUUCCUUUCUAAGGUUGUUCCAGGACCAUAAAUAGUACGUUUGGUGAUAUUGAGGUUAAUGGCACAAACAGCUACUAUGAAAUAUGUCAGUGGACCAUACUAAGUUCCAGUAUAUCCCAGGCCGUGGCUUUGCUCUCUGUACGAGAAUCAUAUCUCGUCUCGUGCAGGUAAACUUAAUGACGUAGUAAAAUCUUGUAACUAACGAAAUGAAUAAGAAUAAGUCACAUUUUUGUUUUGUUUUGUUUUGUUUUUACCUGCCAAAGUCAGCCGGAAUUGCUUUUUAUUUCCUGAUCGUUUUAAUCAAGCUUUAGUUGUGUGGGAUUCUUGCGGAAAAACCCUAUUUGGGGACCUGGAAAAAAUCCAUGUUCGGGCUGCUAAGAUUAUCUUUGGUUUAAAUUCGGGUACACGUCAAGCGACAAGGUGCUAGAAUAGCUACAUCAUGCGAACUGGUUUUCAUUCAAUAAUCUAUAUGAUCAUAAGUUGUUAUUACUGGCCCAUAAGUUGUUUUUACCAACCUGCUCCCGAAACUAUCCAGAUUUUUUUAAAAAGUACGACUGCAGUUAUAAUUUACGAAGAAAGAUUACGUCUGAUAUACCUUUCCCUAAGACAAUACUACUUCGUAAGUCCAGCUGCUGCAAAGCAUGGAACUCUCUGGAGACUCACACAGAAGAAUUACCAAGUUUUGACUCUUUUAAAAGGACACUGAAAAGUCAGCUUUUUUAAUUAAAUAUUUUUAGGCCUUGAAUUUUAUUGUACAUAGUAUUAUUGAUUACUUUUGAUAACGAUUUUCAUAAUACUUUUAGUUUUAACACGACCACAUCAGCUCUGCUGUACUUUUCGAUUGUCUACAAAUAAUUUUUUUUUCCUUUUUACCCUCUUUGUGAAUCUGAACAGCUGAUGAUAACCUUGCUUGAAAAGAAAAGUAAUAUCCCUAGAAGUGUGAAGUAAAGAUAUUUUUGCUGCACAUGUAUUGUCUAUCAAAACGCUAGCACUUGAUUGAAAGGACCUUCCGAUGUGUCAUUCCCAGCAACGUUGUCUUUUAAACUUCCUGGAAGCUGAUGUUUCCUGACGUUACACUGAUUAACUUUUCUAAACCGCUUUUUAUCAUUACCAAUGAUCACUGUGUAUUGUCAUUACUAUGUAUUAUUGUCAUUUUCAUUGCCAUUCAGAUAUUUUAGCUGUUAUUAAUUGUCAUAUUUUGUUUUUAUCACACAGGGAAUAUGUGAAAAUCACUGAUGGAGUAGGUACCGAGGUUUUGCAUCAACGAGGGUGCGUGCCUUUCGCUACAGAGAAUUUGUUGGAUGUACAGUUUGGUUCGUCCGGUAACAUCUCAGUUCAAGUGUAUUUAGAAAACGCUCAAAGCAGGGUGAAAAUCAAGUUUGCGGUUUUGAAGAAUGGCAUAUCAUCAGGUAUGUUUUAGUCGAUACAGUGUACUGAAUUUUACAAAAUCUUGACAUCACCAAGGUAACUGGUGCAGAUAAUGUCCCUGCUCGUAUUCUCAAAGCUUGUUCUGAAGAAUUGUCUACACCUUUAGCCCUUUUGUUGAACAGAUCCUUUAGUCUAAGGAGAGUCCCUGAGCAAUGGAAACUUGCUAACAUUACACCGAUCUUCAAAGCAAAUGAAAGAGACCUUGUGGAAAAUUACAGAUCUAUUUCACUUCUGUCUAUUCCAGGAAAGUGUCAGGAGCGUAUAGUUCAUACUGCAAUUUAUUCCCAUGUCUCUGCUUAUCUAUCUGAUUGGCAGCAUGCAUUUGUUAAAGGGAAAUCUACUGCUACACAACUAAUUUUGACUCAUCAUAAGUGGGCGAAAACACUUGAUGAGGGACGCUAAGUUGACGUAGCCUUUGUUAGCUUUCGAUCGUGUUCCCCAUAAUGUCUUGCUGCACAAGCUUGGUAAUCUUGGAAUAUCUGGGAAUUUGCUGAACUGGUGUAAAGACUACCUUAGUAACCGAACUCAGAGAGUAGUCAUAGAUGGUUAUUCUUCCUCUUUGUCGGAAAUUAGUUCCGGUGUACCACAAGGUUCUAUCCUUGGGCCACUGUUUUUUGUAAUCUUCAUCAAUGAUUUACCAGAUGUAGUCUGUUCUGAUAAUACCAUUGCACUGUAUGCAGACGAUAGUAAGAUGUUUAGAGUAAUUGACUGUGAUGAAGAUCUGAUUUACUUCCAAGAGGACCUAGACAAACUCCAUCAAUGGAGUCAACGUAAUCAGAUGGACUUCAACACUAAAAAGUGUAAGAUCAUGAGAAUCACUAGGAAACAAGUACCCUUUACUAACAGUGUGCAUAUGAAUGAUACCGUUCUUGAGGAGGUUAAAGAAUUUAAGGAUCUCGGAAUAUUGACUGAUUGAAGUUUAUCCUGGAACUCUUAUACUGACAUGAUUACUGCUAAGGGAAACAAUGCUGGGCCUAAUUAAAAGAACGUGCAAGGAUCUCAAGGAUACAGCCACUUUAAAGACCUUGUUUUGUUCCCUCGUCAGAUCUAAUUUGGAAUACUGUUCGGUUGUCUGGUCUCCUUUCACAAAGAGAAACAUAGAAAAUCUUGAAAGAAUUCAACGUAGGGCAACCAAGUUUAUUCUAAAAUCCAAUGAUCAAUACGAUAUUCGUUUAAGAGAGCUCAAGUUGUUUGUUAACCCUUGAACAGAGACGUUUCUUAUUUGAUGUCACUUUUUUGUUUAAGGCCCUCAAUGGCUAUAUGGAUGUGGAUUUUUCUCAAUUUUUGGAUUUUUAUUGUCAAGAGGAUCGCUACUCGUUUCGACCCUUUGAUUAUAGAUCAUUAAAGAACAGAUUUGCGAGGACAUAUGCACUCAAAAACAGUUUCUUUUAUAAGAUAGUGGAUAAAUGGAACAUUCUGCCUUAUGAGAUCCGCUCUGCUUCAAAUGUCUGCAUUUUUAAAUCCAAAGUUAUGAGAUUUUUAUUGAAAUGUGAAUAAUAUAUAUUAGCUUGUAUUUUUUUAAGUAAUGUUACUGCUACGGGUAGUUGUUUCCUUACGAUUGUCCAGAUCGAGCGCUCUCUAUGAUGGUGGCCAUCUUAAUUCAAACCGUUUCCCACCAGCUAGGUAGAAUAGACCUUAUUCACGAUACCCGCCAUCUUUGCACGCGCUUUGGGAUUGAUGGGAUAAAAGCAAUGUCACGUAAUACAUCACGGGGCAAGCAAGUGAUAAAAAUUGCCAAUACGACUAAUCUCUGUCGAGUUCUAUUAUUUUAUCAAAACGAGACAACGAUUUUUAAUAAACACGCAAAAUUUAGAGUUGGAGUUUCGAAAAGUUUUAUGAUAUUUCUGUUUGUUGUGAGGAAAUCUACGGUCGCUACCGCACUUAACGAAGUAUAUAUGAUCACUUUCACCCAUACCGAGUAAUUUGCCACAACCGUCUUUAAAAUAAACGUUCUUCAUCUAGAAUGAACAAACUCGACCGCGAUUUGUAUUCAAAAGAGAUAUACUUUACUUCCCUAUGAUGAUUGACAGUUUUGAAGAAUGACUUUUUCGGUUUCUGUGUAGGAUUAACUCUUUAACUGAUCGUAGCUAGACGUUAAGUUCAAAAAGGAGAGACUUAGUCCAUGCAAAGCCGUUUGAGGAAUUUAUGAACUAUCGAUCGCGCGGCUGCUGUUAGGGUAGCAAACCAUUUGGUAUUUAGCAUUAGAAGAGCUACUACAUGACCUCCCUCCCCGGAAAGAAGAAAAACAAUAUGACCGCUAGAUAAAUCCUCUUGCCUUUUAAAGUACUCCUUUAUUAACAAACAUUGAACUAUUAUUUCGGGAAACAAACAGUGUAGUUGAAAAAGGAUUCUUCAAAAAUCUCACAGUAGGUCUCUUUUUCGAUGUUAACUUGCAAUAUCGGUCAAUUUACGCAACUUUUAAAAGUCUGGCUCAGUUUUCGUUUGCUUCUGCGCUGAAAAUGGAAUUAUAAUUACUUAGAGGCAAUACAGUAUUAAGAUUGGUAGAGAAAAAUUAUUAUAACGAAAAAUGUACUUUAAAAACGAACUAAAAUAUUCAAAACGUUCCGAUCACGUGACUGAUGACGUCAUGUCCAUCUUUUGGUCAUGAAAGAAAAAAAUAUUAGGUAGAAUAUUGCUUUCCUGCAAAUAGUCUGACAUUCUUUUAUGUAUAAAAUUCUCAAAGGUACAAAGCUUUUUAAAAAAAUGGCCUCAAAUGGUUCUGGGAGAAUUUUUAUGAUAAUUAUUAUAAAUUACAGUUUAUAAUAAUAAUAAUAAUUAUUAUUAUUAUUAUUAUUAUUAUUAUUAUUAUUAUUAUUGUCUCUAUUAUCACAGUCUUUGCUGGUGUUCUUUUUGUGCAUCAGCCGCGCGCAAACCAUGCACCUAGAGCGUCAGUCACUCAAGUCAAUCAUUCUGUUCAUACACUGAGCACCUUUCUGAGGAUUCGUGCAGAUCCCAGCAUGCAGAUCUUUUGAAUCUCUGUCAUAGUAGCUCUCUCUGAUACUUUCUUGAUGUUUUCUACCAUACCCUUCUUCACUGUACCAAGCGCACUAACAACCUCAGGGAUCACUACGGUUUUCAUAUGCCACAUUCUCUGUAUUCUAGUUCUAGGUCUUUGCAUUUUUUUUUUCAGUUUCCUUCAGUGCGAUGAUUCUAUCUGAUGGAACAGUCAUAUCAAUAAGGUUGCAGGUGGAAUUCACUGAAUCUUUAACGAUGAUAUCUGGUCUGCUCGCUGUUAUAGUUCUAUCAGUAUUGACUGGCAUGCCCCACAUGAUGGUGAUGUUGUUAUCUUUAUUGUGUAUCACGGUCUCCGGUUCGUGUUCGUCCCAGUUGUCUGUAAUCUCUAUAUCAUGAUCUUUACAUAUGCUCCAAUGGAGAUAUGCUGCAGCAUUAUUGUGCCACAUCCGGAUACAAUAUGGUCCACUGUCUCAUUCACAAUGUUGCGAACACAAUCUGCAUUUGCUCUCCACUUGCUGGCCACAUAUUACUUUCUGGUAGUUUCUGGGUUUAUUGCCUGGUCUUGAGCUGCUACAAGUAGUCGCUCUGUUUCGCCUCUCAAAUUACUUGACAACCAUUUGUUGGUGGUGACUGUGUCUACAUGAGGCUUCUCUAGGAUCUUUGGAUACUGGCCAUGCAAUGCUUUGCUUUUCCACUUUUCUUCUUUCAUUGACUUCAUCUUGGACUUAAACACGCGUUUCAGGGGUUUAGCAUUUUCAGAGGCAGAUUUAUCUUCUCUGUUCUCAAUCUCUGGCAUUGUUACUUCGCUUUUGAAUUUAGUAGCAUUCUUGGAUAUUGAAUUUUUGGCUUUAGAUCUUUCAUGUUCAAGCACCUGCUUUGGAUAUUGCCCUUCCUUGUGCUUCAGAUAGUGAUCAAGCCCUAUUGUUGCAGUUUUGAAUGCUGUUUCUACAUCAAUCAUGCCCCUACCUCCAUCUUUUCUUGGGAUGUACAGCCUUUCCACAUCUGCUUUAGGAUGUAACAUCUUGUGCAUGUUCAAUACUUUGCGUGUUUUUGUGUCAAUCUUCUUCAGUUCUGAGAUUUUCCAGUCAAUGAUGCCAAAGCUAUAUUGCACAACUGGGACUGCAAGACUAUUGAUAGCUUCUAUUUUGUUAUUAUUAUUAUGUCGCAGUAUGAAACUUUGGAAUGCUGUCCACAUUAUGAGUAGUAUAGGGCGCAUAGCGUAACCUACACCACUUGAGAAGCUAUACUUAGAAGUAAAAAAAGGUCGAUACGAAACCUAAUACAAUCCUAAAAUACAUAGUGAUAAGAAUCUCUCUACUUAAAAAGCUAAUUUAGAAUAUUAUUAAAUUCUGAUACUCUGUAAAACCUUCGCUAUCUCUACUAAAAGCUUAUACAUAGUGAUAUAAAUCUCUCUACUUAAAAAGUCAAUUUAGAAUAUUAUUAAAUUCUGAUACUCUGUAAAACCUUCGCUAUCUCUACUAAAAACAUAUUUAUAAUAAUAUCACACUCUAAUGUUGUAAAAAAUCUAAGUAAAAACGUCAGCAAGCUUGUGUUUCUAGAUUUCUAGAGAAAAAACAAAAACCUAAAAACUGAAGUCCAUAGCGCCCUAACUAAGUAUUUAUCUUAAAUGUUCUGGCAAUGUUUAAAGUGUUUGAGAUGAGCGACUUCUGCAUUCGCUCAAGUACGCUCCGUGCUCUCGCUCCAAGUAGCUUCCUCACCGACUUCUCUAGGUGUUUAGAGUAACCCCCCAGUACGUCAAUUAUUACGUUGUACUGUUCAACCCUGUAACCAUUGUAUCUCUGCUUCAGCUCCCACAUCAUGGGCCCAUACUGGAGUGUCUUUUCCUCAUCUUUCUUAGCUCUAAUCUCAAUCCAUGGGCAGCUCAUUUCAAUUGUGCAGACUUCUUUCCUCUCGUGGUUGACAAGUCGCGCGUCGAUCCGAUUUGCUCUAACUUCGUUGUGCUCUGCAUAGAUGGGAAUAUCCCAAAACGCCUCACUCGUGGUGUUCUGGUAGGCUGGUUUUGGCAUCACCGGUGAGUACCAUGGUGGAACCUCUUCCAUUAACCCAUGCUCUCGCAGGAGCUCAAAAAACAGAAUCUUCAAAGCUGCAUUAUGCCUGUAUAGGUACUUGGUUUGUGCCAGGGAGGAACAUCCAGCCAGUACAUGUGCAACGCUCUCAGCUACCUUCCCACAUAACCUGCAUAGAACUUCGCCGUCGGUGGAGGUUUGCGUCUUCUCCUUUGUGUAGAGCUUCGUAGGUAACAACUGCUCAUACAGUUCAUACAUGCCCGCGAUGGUAUGUGUAGGGCAUGUAGCCCAACCUUUUAACCAUGCAAAGCAACUGGCUAUACCUAGGCUCUCAUCUUCCCAUCUGAUACGGAAUAACUUUCCUUGCCACUUUUUGUUAUUAUUAUUAUUAUUAUUAUUAUUAUUAUUAUUAUUAUUAUUAUAUUUUCUUUUUCAGCUUUACCGCUUUCAGGAUGGAAUGUGACUGUUUUGAUGUCCAGUCAUUUUGGUUUUACUAUUCAGUUGUCUGCACUCCACACGUACAUUGACCGGACUGCCAGUUUUUAUUUGAUUGUUCUUAAAACUCCAGCGGGAUAUGUACUGGCUGCGGAAACUUUUCCAGCAAGUGCGACAACUGAAGAUAUCACCGGGCUGAGACCUUCCACGAUGUACCGAUUUUGCGUGUAUGGAAUUGACGAGACUGGACAAGCCUACAAAACCAGUGAAAGUCUGGCUUCAACCACUGAUGGUAAACUAUACAUUUUGCAUUGCUUUCUGUUUAUGUGGGUUUUGUUAAACGGCACCAGCUUACCUCUAAUUUAAUCCAGGCCAUACUUCACGGUCUCGAAUGCAGAAAGUUUUGUUUGAUAAGAUUAUGAUUCCUUCGAAGAAAAGGGAAGGCGCGUUCAGAUUAUUGAAAAGUUAGUACUUCAGCAUCAAUGAAAGUGCCUUGAAGGUUUAGACUACCUGCUUGUAGCCUUACGUCUUGUUUCGUGAUUGUAGCCCUAGUUCCAUACCUGAGCUUAUAUCUCGCUCUUUCACUGCUAAAUAAUACACGGUCAUAACCUAGUUUUUGUUUUGUUUUGUUUUUAAAACAAAAUAUCUGACCCAAUCAGACAAACGCUUUCGCCUUUUUCUGAUAGUUUCUUUUAUUUUUCUAUUAUAUAAAGUAUUUUGUGGCUCUCGACCAAGCGCUAGUAGUCAAAUUGUUGGUGGUUCAGUUGCAAGAGUGAAUAGCUGGCCGUGGCAGGUGAUGUUGAUCAGAACUUCUGGAAGCCGGUUGUUUUGCGGCGGAUCGUUAGUAGACCCUUAUUGGGUGGUGACCGCUGCACAUUGUGUCAGAGGGAAAUCGCCGUCUUCCAUCAAAGUAAAGUAAGUUACGCUUUAACUUUUUCAAAACCAGAAGAAAUUCCCCACUUAGGAAAAUCUAGGGAGAAGCUUUGGGCGCAGUGAUUGCCUGAAUUUUAUCGAGCUCUCUUUGUAUUGUCUUAAGUUAUAAGUGAUUUCAAUCGCGACAGCAGCAGUAUGCCACAUUUUGAACUAUGAGUUGUGCUACCGUGCGUUGUUGAAUUGAGGCCUCAAAUGUCAUAAAUGACCCUAAAUGUAAUAAAGUUUCUAGUGUAAUAAAGAGCGCUUUCCAUUCAACCCAAAAGUCCGGAAAUUUCGGUUGGUUCAUCAAAUGGAACGGACCAUUUCGGUUUGGUCCGACCGGAAUAUUCGGGACCAGCUUUGAAGGUGGUAAACUGUGACCGGUCUGGUCAUUUCGGUCGGUCGGACCGAAAUGUCCCUUUCCAUUUGCCAAAAUUGUUGUCCCCAGUACCGUUCUUUUCUAUCCCGCUUACAAGAACAACUAGUUUCCAGUGGAAAGUGAAGUGCUGAGAGUAAAGCAUGAAAUCUCAAAUAGUUUGAAUCAGUUGCAGUUUUUUUCGAUUUUUGAUAUUUGCCAUUAACAUUGUCAAAUAACUGACGCAACACGACACGUAGGUGACAAAAAGAGUAUGUGUAAUCAGCAAGCUACAAUUGUAUAAAAGUCCGUGAGAAUCAACGUAUUACUUGUCUGAAACCUGUCGACGAUAUUUAACUAAAGCAAUUUAUCAAUUAAGCGGAAAUGAAUACAACAAAGCCUGGCUGAAAACAAAUUGGCCAAACACCGAAUUUAUUUACCUUACGGUUCCAGGAAUUGCUUCGAAUCGGUCGAAUAUUCUGAGAAACGUAUCGCUUCAAUUUACAAGAAUUUUUUACCUUCACUUGCAUUCAUAGGCUUUCUACACGAAAGUAUUCCUCCGCCUUUAGUUUUCCACCGCCCCUUUUCGACAGUCGAGUGUUCUUUAGGAUAUAAACAGUAUUUACUUUUCACUUUUAGAGCGUAAUUAUGAGUGUGCUGCAAAGCCACAAUAACAAAACGGCCGGUAGCUUGGGUCGGGUCUGUGCUAUCGGAAAGUAUCGUUCCAUUGAGCACGGGAAGUUUCCGAAAUUUCAAACCGGAACUUUUGUUGGAUGGAAAGCGUCCAAAGUUUGGCCCUAAAUGCAAUAUAGGUUCUAAGUGUAAUAAAGUAGUAAGAGAGUAGAAUAACUAUUGGCCGUAACCUUGAUAAAGUCGCAUUGACUUAAAUGUCAUAGCCAGGCGAUUUACUUUCUACGCCAUAUUGAAGUGCAGGGCGGGCUGGCAGCGAGGUCUGGAACCAAAUUUACAUGAUCACCCCAGUUAAGAAAUUUGGCCGAGUGAGACUGAGUACCAAUUUCCUUAAAAAAAAAAAAAUAUGGCGCAGAAUGCAGACAUGGAAGGACGGUGACUUUUUCCUCGGUUUUAAGUUUUCCCGCGUCCAAAUAUCAAGAAAAGGUUUUCAUGAACUUUUUUAAUGGAAUUUUUGGACAGUCAUGGGUGACUUUACUUUUCGUGAUUCAGCAUCUCGGCAAGUUCAGUUAUUUAUAAGCUCCGUGAAUUUUACGAGUGACCAGCCUGCUCCAUCUCUUAUUUUUUUUCCACUUGCAGCGGCAUUACGACUCUCUUCCUUAUCCUAAACAUAUGCUAUGAGCACACUACAUAAGUAUGAGUCUUGCAACAUUCAGCAUUUAAAUGUUCUUUAAACCAAUUUUCUACUGCGCUGCUCGUACGUUUGUUUGUACAUUGGGAGCCAGAACAAAUAUUUAUGGGCUUAAAUACAGAAUACAGGGCCAGAUGAGUUAAAGCCAGGGUAAAUUUUCCAGUCACUUUGAUUCACAUAUACUGGGUCUGUCAGUAUAAGCUAUUUUUAUUACCAGAAGGCUGGGAGGGGUUUUGAAGGUUCAUUACCUUCAAAACCUUCAGUGGAACAUCAUUGGACUGAUAAUCAAUAAAUAUUUCCAACAGCAAUACCGUAUUUAGUAGUUUAUAUUAGAUAGUGACUUCGGUUUCAAGUAUUUCCUUGAAAUUGUUGCUACACAAAUUACCCUUUAGUUCUGAAUUAUACUUGAAAUGAUUAUUAUUUAGUGUGGGGACAAGAGGCUAAUCCAGUUGCUAAUAAGAGUGAGUACUACAUUAGAGAGGGGUAUGCAUUGAGAAAAUCCCUCAAGGGACUAAAGUACGAGAAACAGAAAAAAGAAAAUUGAAUGUUUUCCAAAGUUUAUAAAGAGAAUCAAAAAGAUAAAUGUCACCAUUUUCCUGGUAUUAUAAAUUUCCUUUAAAGCAUAUUUAGCCAGAUAUGGUCCUCGUCAAAACAUGCAAACUUGAACAUUUAUUUUCUGAACUUCGCUAAUCUUUUUUAAAGGGAACCUCCACUCUUACUACAGAAUAAGAUUAAAUCGAAUAAAAUUAUGUUGAUAAACAAAUUUGUUGGAAAUUUGUCCCUAAGAAAGUGUUUGUAUCAGGAAAAGUUAAUUUUAAAAUCGCUUAUUUUCACUUUCAAAUUUCGCGGGCGCCGCCAUCUUGAAUAAUUGUGACGUGCUAUGGUUGCUCUAUUGUUCUGACACAAAGAGCUUUUGUUUAGUAACAAUAGGGCAACCGUAACACCUCACAAUUAUUCAAGAUGGCGACGCCCGCAAAAUUUGAAAACAAAAAUAGGCGAAUCUAAAAGUUAUUUCUUUCGGAUACAAACGCUUUUUUUAAAAAUAUUUUAGAUUGACUUGACUGUAACAGUUAUUUCCUGUGAUUUAAAGUUAUCUUUUUGUUGAAGUGGAGGUUCCCUUUAAAACCAUACUCUUGUUCCAAGGGGUGGUGCAGUUUUUUGGAAUUUAUAAUUUUUCCCUCUUUGUUUGCAAAAAAGCACACUAGAAUGAGGACUCCAUCUGAAGGCAGUGUAAUAACUGCUAUCACGAAAAGAGAAUUCCAAACACACACAAAAAUUACCCUUUCAUUUGCCUAAGCUUCGUUUGUUGGAAACUACAGUAAAGUUUAAAUUAAAUCACUGGAAGAUAAGAACUUAAGCAUAUAAAUGUGCAAAAUCAAGAGAGAAUGAUCUCUUGGAAAAAUUUAUUAAGCUUUUACUACAUAAAGAAAUACAUGAACUACGAGGUUUGACCAUGCCACUCAAUUAUGCAACGCAACUCUGCCAGGAUAAAUUCAAGUCAGAUGAAGGAUGAAGAAUUAAGACUCUCAAUCACCAUUUCGUGUCGUCUUAAAGGUGUAGUAAAACCGUUAACAACUCUGACAACUCUUCCACUCGACCACAGCCACUGCACUUUUUUUUUAUAUCACGAGGAAUUAAUUUUGGGCCUUUCACUUGAAAAUAUAAAUUUCUCUACAUACGUAUUGGAGGGUUGGCCCUUCUUUUGGUCCUUUGGGUCUUCUAAACAGAAACACAGCUUGAGAGCCUGCAUCUAGAGAGGUGAAGUGAGACAAAGGGUCGGGCAUCGAGGAACAAUGACUGUUUACUAUCAGCUGCGAAGACUAGACCACGAGCAGUCUCUCUUUUCCUUGGUCCGUCGCUCCCUUUACUAAAUCUGAAGAAAAAACAAGGCUGAGGCAUAAAACGUUUUCGGUAAACAAUAUGUAGUAUUACUUAACUGGGCAAUGUGAACAUGGUGGAUUAAUUAUAAAAGAAAAGCAGGAAACAACAAAUCCUUAAAUGAUCAUGAUAGUCUUGGUAAAAUUCUCUGAUAUUUAGAUCAGAGUUCUAAACAAACCCAACGGUGCCUGGCCUUGUUAAAUCCCAGCCUGAUAUUAAGAAAAGAAGGAAAACUAACCACUGAAGAAGUAGUGUGAAACGCUAAACUUUGUGUAAAUCAGACACCAAGUAGAUCUGUUGGAUCGAUCUUGGAAAGCGUGGAAGGAUUAAAUUUCAGAUCAAGGACUGUUUAUCAAUAUAUAUUCUCCGUUAUGAAUGUUUUCAGUACGGUUCAUUUGUCUUUAAAGUGUUUAAUGUAAAAAUAGCAAAGCAGUUGCGGCUGAGUUAAAAGUUAAAUAGAAAAUGGACCCCCCUGUUCUGCAAAGUUACCAGGGUUCUGAAUUUAAAGGAGCUCUGAAAGGACGUCUUCUUAAAUUGCGAGUAAAAUUGGUAUACAGCCGCCCAUACCAUCCCCAUUCUAGUCAAGGGAAAUAGUAGUCAUUGCGCUGUAAAUUCUUGCUCUAAGUUCCAAGACGGAGUAUGAUUCUUUAAAACUGGUCAGAAGAAAAGUCCUUAUUAGGAUAAAAGCACUGGCUGAAAACCAGAGGAUUUUUACACCAGGAACUAAGAAAAAGUACUAAAGUACAUGUACAUCUCUCCAUUUGAGGUGUAUUUUGCACACACAAGCCUAGUUUCCAUAUUAACCAAGUUUCUAUACGUUUGGGACCUUUAUUUCAUUUAGGUCCAAAAUUUCUUACAUUUAGUGCCUUUCUUACAUUUAGGCUUAGAACCUUUAUUACAUUUUAGGUCUCAACAGCGUGCAUCAUUUAGUUACUCUGGCUACUUAACGUCUCCUUUAAAUUCACAACUACGAUCACAUUGGUCCUGGGAAGGAUGAUCAUUAAGUUUGUUCAUAAUUGCCUUGUUGUUGUUACUAUAAUCGUCAUCAUUAUCACUCUAUCGUCAGAAUCUGAGUAAUUCUAGACCAUAUACUUUUUUAAAAACAAUAUUUUUAUACAACCUCGUUCCCAGCGUCCCCUAUUCCUCGUCCCCUGAGGUAUGAAAGAGAGGACCGGGGGAGCCUGAGAACGAGGUUGUAUUGCUUGCACUUCUGUCUUCUGUCGUAUUUAUUAUUAUUUAUUUACUUAAUAUUUAUUAUUUGUUUAGGUUGGGAGCCCACUAUAGAACAACCUUCAGUGUUGGGACAGAACAGGAAAUUAAGGUCGCACAGAUCAUCAGGCAUGAAAACUAUAAUAACCCAUUGAACUAUAGCAAUGAUAUCGCCCUGAUUAAGCUCUUAAAACCUGCAAAUCUUGGGGUGGGCAUCGGGCUUGUUUGCCUGCCUGAUAUGCAACACCCUCUCCCUUUUGACAAUUUGAACAGAAAGUGCUGGAUUACAGGCUGGAGUACACUGUCUUCAGGGGGGUCCCAGCCAAAUACACUUAUGGAAGCUCAGAUUCCAUUGGUCUCCAAGAGGCGUUGUGUGAAUUUCUACCCUGGAAAGAUUGAUGAUUCGAUGCUCUGUGCUGGCCUCGAUACAGGAGGAGUUGACACUUGUCAAGGCGAUAGUGGUGGUCCAUUGGUGUGUGAGUUUAACGGUACAUGGUUUCUUGAAGGCGUAACUAGUUGGGGUUACAGAUGUGCGUAUGCUUCUAAGUAUGGAGUAAAUGUUAACGUUAGAGAUCUGAAACAAUGGUUAACAAACCAUAUUUAUCAAGCAAUACCGCCUGCUGUUUUACCACAAAAUCAAUCAGUGUCCGCGUUAGGUAAGUACACUAAACAGCUUUUAUAAUUGUUUCUUAAACCCCUGUCUUACAAACUGAGAAAAAGGUUCCCUUACUCUCACCAUCUAGCCAACGUCUAUUUACUGGGUUUAGGUCACUGACUACGUAGUCGUCGCAUUGUCAGUCCUACUGCAUUUAUUUAGUACUGUUAUUGUUCCAACACUGUUCGUUUUUCUGGGACAGUCGUGGAAAUGGGAGCAAAUCUUAUCUAGAUAAGCUAAACAGACGUGCCGCCUGUAUUAUUGAGUGUCCAUUUUUCAGGGCUGUGUGCGUCUUAGUCUUUAAAUGUCUUCAUGGAAUGACGUCAUUGUACUUACAUUCGGAGGUUAGGUACGCGCAGCAAGUUCAUGGCUGCAACAGCAGCAGCCAUGAUUUUCUGGGUCCUCCUGGCGAAAACUGCCACGUUCCAAAGCGACGCUCAUUGAAUUUAAGAUUAAGCUCAAACGCCAUCUUAGACAAUAAUACCUGUACACUGUACAUGCUGUACAUGUUGCCUUGAUAACUCAGCUGAUUGUGUAGUCUCUUUAAUGUUUAAUUUUAAUAUCGUUUUAUUACUCAUUCAAAAUAUUUCGCCAAUUCUGGUUGGCUAAAAGCACACGCAUAAUUCAUCAUAACCAGUUAGCCAUGACCCAAUUGGGAAGAAUUUUGCGUUUAACGAGGAAAUGAUGUCAAAAAUGCAGCCUUCUACGGGUUAAUGAACCGUUAACCGAGAAGACCUGGGGACGAGGUUGAGUUGUUUUGAUUGGGAAAACAAAAUGGCUGACACCUCACUCGUUUCAAGAGUAAGAACUAGAGCUUGAACUAGGCUAAGUAAUGGCUAAAAAUCAUAUCAAAAACAGCAAGAAGACAACUCGGAGUGCGACAUCUGCUAUUUUGAGAAUAUUUGCGCAGCUGGACAAACCUAAAUGUACACUAUCGAAGAUGAGCUUAACAUCGAUGGAUCGAUGGAGGUAUAUAGCAAGCAUGUUUUAGCUAUGUUUUUAAAGUAGGAAUUAUUUUGAAUGAAUAAUAAAACAAUUAUUGAAUUCGGCUUUCGUAUCAUAUGAAGAAUUAUGGAGAAUUAUUUUUCAUAAGAUCCUCAGCCUCAUUGAUUUCAUUAAUUGUUAAGUUUUGGUUGUGUCAGGACUUCAUUUAAAGGAGCUCUGCUAAAUUAGAUGCCCCUGGUUAAAUAUUCAUUUUUAUUAUUUUGAAUAAAUGAAAAAUAAAUUUGUUUAUUAGUCUUAACCAGGAAGUUGAUGUUUGGAGGAAAAAUGAAAAUGUUUGUUUGUUUAUCAUUUAUUUAACGUGUUUAGUAUGGUGCUCCUUUGACAAUGGAUUAUGCUCCGGAUGGAAUCAAUCUUCUUCAGAUGAUUUUGAUUGGACACUUUCGUCUGGUUCAACACCAUCCGCGUAUACAGGCCCGUCUUCUGGUCAAGGGGGAUCAGGUCAGGUUUAGUUAUUAUGUUUCAUUUCAGUCCCCAUUUCCUCCUCACUGCAGAAGAAAUACUGCUUAAAUUAACUAUGAGUUCCCGUAGUUAUUUCAAUGAAGUAAAAUUUAAUGUAACUAUGUUGCACGUAUGCAGUUAAAGUCUCUACUUAUUUGUAACUAAAUUCAAUUAAGUGCCCGUAGCCAUUCUAGUGAAGUGUAUUUAAUCUGUGUUAUACAUACAUAUGAUGAUUAAACCUCAUUAGUUAUGAAGUAUUUUACAUUAUAUGUGGAUUUUUAUUAUGCGUUUUUUUAGUCAAAGCUGGCUCUUAACGAAAAGAACCGAAGACAACUUUUUUGUUGACAUUUCUUUUAAAAGAUGCAACAACCACAUGUAAACAAUCAAAAGCAUAAACAUCAAAACCACAACAAAUCCCUCACUUGAGGUUCAUAGCACAAGACAAGGCUAAAACUUUAUUUUUACACCACAUACAAAAAACAAAGACAAAACAAAACAAAACAACACGACGUUACUACUGAGUAUGUAAGAUACUUAAGGUAUAACAUAGAAACAAAUAGCUAUAAAGCUAAUCUAGGUAAGAGUCAUUAUACACUUUAAAAACAAUAAAAGAGGUUAUUACAUGGAUGCACAUCCAGCUGUCCAGUCGUCCUUUUUUUGAGUAAUAUUUCCCUUCUCCUCUUUUUCUUAAAGGAAAAUAUAUGUACAUUGAAACGUCCUCCCCAAGAAGACCCGGCGACAAAGCCAAGCUUAUUCUUACUGUUCCAAACAACGGAGAAAUGUCGUGCCUUUCAUUUUACUAUCAUAUGUAUGGCGCUACAGUUGGAACUCUCAACGUCUUCAGCGGAAACAGCAAAGUCUUUAAUAUUUCAGGACAUCAGAGUACUAACUGGAUUAUGGUGGAAAGAAACAUAAUUCUGAAUGGAGUGGUGAGAGACAAAAAAAUUCUCUCUAGCGUGUUCUUAGUUAAGUCGAAUUAAUCGUCUGAACUAACUAUUCCUCACUUUUAGUUUGAAAUCUUUUGACCCACCUUAUACAUGCAUAACCUCCCUUCCCCCUCAUGGUGAAAACAUACAAUAAUAACGAUGAUAAUAAUAGUAAUAAUCAUCAUCACCAUCAUCAUCAUCAUCAUCAUCAUCAUCAUCAUCACCAUCACCAUCAUCAUCAUGAUCAUCAUCGUCGUCACCAUUAUUAUCAACAUCAUCAUCAUUAUCAUAAAUCACUGCAUAAAUAUAUCAAUAGCAAAAAAAUUCUUCUUGAUGAUUGACCACCCGACAAUAACGAAGCUUUGCCAAUUACUUCGCACUUACUAACUGCCAACUAGCGAGGUAAUCGUCGUGAGAUGGUGGGAAGAAAAGGGAAGUGAAAGCUUGGUUUAUUACCCCAAUAAGUAGAUAGAAAGCGAUAGGUGUAUUGCUUACUAAAAUUAACCCUUUUCGCAGGUAAUAUUUGAGGGGAUUGCAGGAAAGUCAUUUACCGGUGAUAUCGCGAUUGAUAGUGUAGAAAUAAACAGUGGAGGCUGUAAAGGUAAAAAUAACUGAGAUGUAUAUUUUUAGCUUACAUUUUUUCUCGCGCGCUGGCGUUUCCCUUCGCGGCAAAAUGUUUUCCAGCUAGAACUUGCACAAGUAAUCCUGCUUAUACGGCGAAUAUUCUCAUUUUAACCACACACUCUUCAGCUCUUCUACUCAAUCUUCGUGGUUUUGUUUACCACUGUGGUGUAAAUCGUCUUGCCAUUUAUACCAUUCAUCUGUAUUCAUCAUUCAAGUAAAAUGACACCUGCUUUAUUUACGCGAUUCUCCCUUAGUAUCCUGUAACUUUGAUAAUGGAUUAUGCUUCGGAUGUAGCCAGUCGAGGGAGGAUGUAUUUGACUGGACGUUGUACUCUGGUUCCACUCCUUCGUCUGGUACUGGGCCACUCUCGGAUCAUACAAGUGGAUCAGGUUUGAUGCCAUUUGAAAUUUACCCCUUAACAGUCUCCUAAUGUAUUUAAGUAUAUUCAGCAACCCCCUCAAUUCACAAAGCGAAGAAGGAGCGAAAGCAACAACGACGGCGACGUUUACGAAAACGUUACAUUGACUUAAAAAUUGAAUUUGCGCUGCCUCAAACUUUAUUAUGCUUCCUCCAUCUCGUUUAAUUCGUCAAACGUUGGCAAUUUUUUGGAGUCGAAUUCUUAAGGAAUGUAUCAAAGCCUUUGAUUCAGGAAAAGAAAAAGAAAGAUGCUGUCUUGUGUUCCCGUUCUCAGUAAAACGUGAAGUUAGGCACUGUCACGUAGUCGUGCAUCGACGGUAAAGAAAUGUACAAAAAAGCAUUAUGUACGCGUAAAGUUCUUGUUUUUCUAAGCCCAUUGCUUUUCUACCUUACUCAUUGCCGUCUUCAGGGGUCAUUGCUUAAGUUCAGUGCUAAUGACAAGAAGACUGGGAAGCCGAUGAAAUGAACACGAUAUUGUUUUGUUUUGUUCUGUUUUGUGUUUUUUUCUUUAGGUUUGGCUUCUUCGUGCUUCUUCAUUGGGCCACCCCCACCCGAAGAGAACAUUGAUGAGAAUAUUAUAGACGAGAUAGAAGUAGUAACCUUUUCAAUAAUUUGGCUUUAAAUACUGCUGUCCUUUUUAUAGGGCAUAGUCUUUAAACACUGCCCUUUAAGACCCCUUUCUAUUUUUGUACAAUGGAUGGAAUUGAUGGAAACCGUGUUAUUUAUUAAUCUAUUAUAAUUAUUAUAAUUAUCACAUUAUCAUAUGUUUUUUUUCGUUACAGGAAAAUAUUUCUAUAUUGAAGCUUCAAAUCAGGCAACCGGUGAUAAUGCAAAACUGACCUUUACGGUGCCAAGAAAUAAAUCAUCAUGUUGCUUAAAAUUCUUCUAUCACAUGUAUGGAUCAACAAUGGGUACUCUAAAUGUUUUCAGUGGAAAUAAUAAAAUUUUCACCAAGUCUGGAAAUCAGGGGAACUACUGGAAAAGAGUCAAGCGGACAGUAUACCUCAGUGACGUGGUAAAUGUGUAAACGGAUCAAGUUGAAAACUAGUUAUGAUACUAAAUAGCGAUCAACAUUAUACAGUAAUGGGGGAGAGGGGGCGCCGGGGGGGUACUCCUGCCUCCCGUACCUUGCAAUCCCGGAACCCGCCCCCUCUUUUCUUGACUUUAUCCCUUUUUUUUUUCGAUUACAAAAUACUGACCAUUGUUGCGUAAUUUCCCCCCAUUUCUCUCUCUUCUCCUUCCGCUCUCUCCUCUCCCGCCUCGCGUACCCCUCCCGCCCAUUUUCCCCUUGACGUCCACCAAUACAUGAACAUGAAUCGACUGUGGAUUAUCUAUGGUUUCGUUAGCGGAGGGGGGGACAUGUGGGGAAGGUGGUGCAGGGGUCCAAACCUCCCGCCCUUCACACCUUGCACUCCUGACUCCCUUUCCUUUACCUUCAUUUCUUACCCCUAGGGCUUUUGCGAUUGCGAAAUAUUGAGCAUUGUUGCGUAUUUUCCCCGAUUUCUCUCGCUUCCCACCCAUUAAGAGUUCCUUCCUCCCGCCCUUCCCUCUCUCACCUCUCUCUUUACUUUUCUCCUGGACUCCCACAACCCUUUACUUCCCCCGUAUAAAUGGUUUAAUAUAAAGUUGAUUGUGGGGCCUCUGUUGUUUAUUUGCCAUUAUCCAAAAAAAAAAAGUUUAUUGGCACUGCAUCCUUACAGGUGACGUUUGAAGGAAUAAGAGGACCCUCCAUUCAAAGUGACAUCGCAAUCGAUGAUGUGUCAAUAGUAGAUGGAAACUGUCCAGGUGAGAAGUCAAAAUAAUUUGUCAGACGUAAAGAAACUGUGGUUAUAAUUUUUCUCUGGGUAUAGUUUAAUCUAGUGAAGGGAUACAUUUGCUGCCUCGUUGUUUAGCGUUAAUGUCUUGCUUGGCAACUUAACUUAACAUUUUCUCCUUUUAAUCUUACUCCACAUAGUUUUAUUCUUGAAUUGAACACUUUAUUGGACGGUUGCCGUUUCCUUGCCCAUAGUUGAUAAACUUGUCUUGUAUCGAGCAAGAUAUACCAUGAUUUCUCAACUGGUCUUAAAAAUUCCUUUCAUAAACUUUGCUAGAACGCGACACAGUUUCAAAUCAAGUAUGUCAACCGUCGCUUAGUUGAAAGAAACACUUUCAUGAUGCAGUCGAACCUCUUGGUACGAACACCUCUCUAUUACGGACAGUUUCCAAUGUCCUGACAAAAGUCUCAUAUAUUUUCUUAAAAAAAAACAAAAACAAACAAACAAACAAAAAAACUCUAUUAAUACGGACUCUCUCUAAUACGGACAACAGACACUAAAUCUCGGCCCCAGAGAGUAAAUUCAUGUAAAGUUAACCUCUUUAUUAUAGACACUGCGGUGAUCAGGUGAAUCCCGAUUCCCGAUCGGGUGAAUCUCCACAGGGUGAAUCCCGUCCAGUCUGGCUGAUGAGCUACGUCUGAGUCCUUCAUACACUAUGAACUAAAAACCCAUGAAAAUCCGGUGAAUUAAUUCAUGGUAAAUUCACGGGAUUUUAAAAGAUUUUAAUGGUAUUUUCAUGGGAAAUCUUGAAAGAUUUUUCAUGGCAUGUCACCCUGGAAAAAGCAUGAAAAAAAAACAUAAGAAAAGCCAUUUAAAACCCCUUAAUCUUUCAGUUUUCAUGGGCCAUGAAACCCUUAAGUUUGGGGCAAAUCCAUGAAAUACUCAUGAAAACACCAUGAAAAUUUUGGAUUGCUUGUCAUGGCCUUUUAAUGGCUCUGAAAAUGCCGUGAAUUACAAAGAAGGAUUCUCAUGGUGUUGUAUAGUUCAUGGUUUUUUCAUGAGGACACUGAAUUCAUGGAACAUGAAAAAACCAUGGUUAUUCCAUUAAUAUUGAAACAUUAAUAGAUCAUGAAAAAUGUUCAUGGUUUUUUGAUGGCUUUUUGAAGGCCCAUGAAAAUUAAUAAUUCAAUGGCCUUUCACUAUUUUCAUGGCGUAAACAAAAUAUAUCAUGAACCAUGAAAACUACAUUAAAAGUACUUGACUGUUAGCCAUUCUGUUCUGGUCCCCAAAUCAAAUUAAUUCAAGCUCACUAAUGGAAAAUUAAUGAUGAAAACACUAACUAAAUGGGUUGGAACGUAUACUGAACUACAAAAAGCAAUGUACAUGUAUUGACUUUAUUCCACCCUUUCCAUGGCAUUAAAUAGACACUAUUUUUUCCGGUAUCAUUUCAUAUUCAGACUUGCCACUAUAUGUAAUAAUAGUAAUAGAACACUGUUCACAUGAAAAAGUUAAUAUUAAAAAUAUGUAGCUGUUUUUUUCUGAACAGGUUAUAUUCAACUUUAGAAUCUAAUAAUUUCCGGAAUCUCCAAAAUCUGCAAUAUCUUCAAAUAAGGAUUUUAAUUAUAAAAAUGCCCUAUUAAGCCUCUUCCGAGAACAACUCAAUUCAAUAUUUUUGCUUUCUUUCUACCUCACAACUGUAUAAAUCUGAUAUCAAACAUUAAUGGAAUAAGUUUUUAAAAAAAAUUGAGUAGGUAAGCAGCUUUUUUCACUGCAAUAUCUUUACAACUGGAACAUUUUUAAAAAUAAAAUUCUUAUAUACACUUGAAGAAGCCUUGCCUAAUUCCAUCAUAUAAUUUACUAAGAAUCAUUACGUUAAUGACGGCUGGCCAUGAUCAUGAUGACAUAUAAAACUUUCUUUCUUUCGGCGGGUAGAAAUAAUUGUCUCAAACUGUUAUACACAAAUAAUACCUGUCAUAAAAAGGAGUACUUUUUUCUAUGAAACUGUUUACGUAAAAACCCAUAAAACGGCCAUAAAUCGGCCCGUGGACCACACAGGAGAGACGUAACACUAGGGAAGGUAAGCUGUUUUUUUAAUUGAAAUCCUUUCAUUUUCCUGGGUUACAGAAACGAUAGGCCGAUGCUCAUAUUUCGAGCUUGGGCUACCUGUGAUUCAACGGAAGUUCAUUUCACACUUGUCUAUUGGUUCAAAAGCCGCACGCGACACAACAAAUCAAAUCGCGCAUGUGCGAAAGUCACGUGCAAGCCUGGGAACAACAAACAUGGCGGCUAAUCGAGAACGUGCCUCGGCGUUUGGGUCGAAAGAGCUGUUAUUUUCAGCGUUGAUUCAAAUAUUCUAACCCAUUUGAAGUGUUAAAUGCAAGAGGUAAACUUAACAUUGUUUCUUCAAGUUGUGAAAGAAAAUGCUGGACUACAUUAUGAAUCAAAGGUGCUAAGAAAAACGUGUUGUGGACGUUGUUCAUGUUGGACAAGCUCAAAGGUACGGAAAAUUGAUUGAACUGAAGAUACCUUGAGCACACCAAGACCACGCCAUUGCUUAGACAUGAAAUCUGAGUACAACUCAGGCAUGAUAGAAUGAGAAGGACUUAAAUCAUUUACAUAGCUUUUUUUUGUAUCAAUAUAAAGACUAUGUACCGGCAUCUAAAAAUUAUCAUGCAACGGUUUAGUCUGGUGUCAAAUUUAGGAACAAUUAUAUUCACGUUCAAGUGUGAUGUUAUAAUGUUGAAGUUGCUACAUUGAUAAUUGGCUGUAGAACCAUAACAUUAUCGUAUUUUACUAGACACCAGCAAGGCAAUUUUUAAGAUUGUAACUUCAAAGACAGUUUAAUUGAGCCCACAGAGUUUUGUUAAGGUGAUCACUGGUCACUAUUACAGAGACUGGCACUGACUUUAUUCUACUCAAUGCCUGAAAUCAAGAGGCUUCGUUGGUCUUUGAGGCUCAUAGAUGACUGCGUUUGUUGAUUUUUUGUUAGUUAUAUGUGGAAACUGACAGUGGGUCAUUCUUUGUGAAAAAAUAGCAGUUGUAAAGCAUUAAAAGCAAACAGUGUCCAUGGUUCCUCUUUUAUCGCCUGCCAUUUACAGGAAAGAAAAGUUACGCUAAAAAGCAGCUGUUUUCGAUUUUACUUUACUUAAGACAAGUUUGGAUUUGUGUUUACUGUUUGUCGUCUUACAACUUUGUUUCGAUUUUGAAGCCCGAGUGUGGCUAGUCAUCAGAUAACGUGAAAAUUCACGCGCGUAUUUCAGUAACAUACUCGCGAGAGCUCACAUAUAACGUGGCUUUGUUAUCUGUGCUUGGUAACGAAAUUUAUUUCUUUGCAAAAAGGAAGGCACUGUCCCUAAGAAUAGCAAUUUUCCAGCACGGCAAUGUCAGGAAUUUACGUGCUUCAACGGUCUACACGGUCUACACGGUCUAUCACCAUAUGAGAUAAAUAUAAUAAUAUACUGUAUUUCUUACUGUUCCAGAAUUGUAGACCGUGGAUUGACGGUAGACCAUCAGAAAAUAGAAACUAAUGUAGCAUACAACUUUUUCUGCUCUCUAGCUCUAAAGGACUUUAAUAACCAUCCUAUUUUCACCAUACAGAUAAAAAAAGAAAAAACUGAACGGUUUUACUUAAAACAGCGAUAACGCCAUUGCAUAUCAAAUGUCAUUGCGUUACAGAUACAGGGGUGAAAGUGAAUGUUUGGCAGCUUUAUUUGCAACUACAAGUAUAAUAUCUCUAAAUACUAAGAAAAGGAAAAUUAUGCUGUGAUUAUGCAUUCCUACUUCUCAGAGUUUAAUGACAACGCCGAAACUUUAAGCCAUGUCACGGUAGAUAACGGUGCAUGCGUUACAUCAAAACUGAGGCAACAUUUAAAAGUCACUACAUUCUUAAGUGCUUUUUUAGGCAGUUUUCUAUAAAUUACAAUGAUGUAUCGGCUGGGAAAAGCAACAGAAAGUGCCAUUCUAUUUAUUUAUGUCGCUACAGUCUUCGUUUUGGGAAUUUAAGACGUGGAAAUCGCUCUUUGAAGUACACCUUAAAUGAGACAACUAGUUGCAGAAGUACUUGAGACACUGCACCGUAUUAUGGCAUAAAUGGCCUGUCCAUGAUCUUUUGUUUGUGAUUCCCCAUUCACCCUUUAGCGAAGUUGCUAGCAGUACAAGCCCAUGCUCAAAACUUCGAGGAACAACUUUGAAUGGGAGGGAGGAGGGAGGUCAGUAUUAUAUCUCACAGACCUGUCACCCGGAGCGAUUUGAAGCAAGAAAGGUCGUUUUUUCCUGGGAGUGUCUCAGUAUUUUUGCAACUGGUCGUAGCAAGUUGUUAUAAAGCCCAGUCGCUGUAUACCAAGCAACGAUUUUCCGAAAGGUUUACAGAGGAACGGAACCGACUUUUUGAAGGCUUCAAUAACUAUAGAUAGAAUAAAGAUCUUUUGUAUUACAUUUUUACUCUGGUUACUGUGUACUGCAUUUGCAAAAUAGCGAAAGACGCUUUCAACUCUUUAUGUGCAGCUUGCGCUGUAGCUCGUUUCGUUUUAAAACAGUUAUUUUUCUGUAGCUGAGAUGUACAAAAGACGAGCGUUAGCCUGGUUUUAGCUAAUGAACACUUAAAACUGUAAGUGGAGUAAUAAAAGUUACGUCAUCACAUUGACCUCCUUUAUACUGACACCUCUCCAAUACGGACACUUCGCUCUGUUGCUUCGGUGUCCGUACUAAAGAGAUUUGACUACAGCAUUCUAUGUUUUUUAGGCUGUGGUGGUGCCUUGAAUAAAACGUCCGGGGUGUUGUACAAAGCUAUUGGUGGAGACCAAGCCGACGUGCACUGCGUCUGGAAAAUCGGCAAGGCUGGAGUGAGGGAUGCAGUUGCACUUUUUGGUUUGGAAAGUAAUUGCAGGUAAUAAAAGGCUUUGAGUUGCUCAAACAUAGGUCUUCACUGAUAGAACCACUAGCCUAACUUAAAGUUAUUCUGCAAAGGCCCUGAGAGUGUUGUGCAUUUUUCUUGUUAUCAUAUACAGCGGUCUGAAAGAGUUACGUCCUCUGAAAAAUAAAUGAAAACAAGCGCCAUGUCUUGGUCAAUAAAAUUAUUCGAAUUUGUCCUUCCAUUUACGUACGCUAGAUCUAUUUGAAGAAAAUGUUGCGCUCUACUUUCUCAAUACUGUUUUAUUGUAUGUUCGUGUUGUGUCGUGGGCUUAGUUUGUAAUUUAAACAUGUUAUAUUGCAAUAAUAAUGAUAAUAAUAAUAAUAAUAGUAAUAAGAAGAAAAUGAAACUAUAAUAAAACCAAUCUUUAUUUAAGUAUCAGAACAAUAAGGAAUAUUUACAAUUUCAAAUUAUGUCGUAUUGUUUACAAAUUAAAAACUAAAUAUAUUUCCACGAUAGAAAACAACUUACAAUUGAGAAUAAUUUAAAAGUGGGAAAAGAAAAAUCAAGCAUUACUAAGAAAAAACUAUCAAAAAUCUAGGCCUAAAAUUAUGAGUGCAGAUGUAGACCAGCUACUGCGAAAGUGAAGUCUUCUGAGACCUCAAGUGACUUGAAUGGAUAUCUAGAACCUCUGACGCAUCUGUGUACAGUUCUUAAUAUAGCAAAUGAGAGCUGUAUUCGAAGCCAGGAAAUAACACUUAACGCUGGCACAGGGUUCAUUGUUUUCAGUCGAAAGCUUAUUUGCGAGAGUUCUUAAAAAGUUCUGACAGUCGAGUCCCAUGCCCCCGUUUGUACCAAACACCAGUGGUGUAAAAGUUCCCAUCUCUACAUCCAUCACUCUCUGGUUGUAUUUCCUCUUCUUCUCGCUUUCUCUCUCUUUGAAGAUCGUAGCUGUGUACUUGCCCUGGUUGGACCGGGAGUUAACAUGCGUUACACGUACGUCAAAGAAUGCCGUUACUCCUGGUGUCCAAAAACCUCCUGCUUUCAUAUCCAGCCUCGCUUCUCGAUCUGUAACAGUGGACUGAAGGUUGAAUACGUCUUUGUCGUGUGGUUGCCGGAGUGGCUCUGUCUCCACAUUUCUUCACACUUUACUGAUAUGUGAUGUCAGAAGAUCUCGGAUUGUAUCAUGUCUCUGAGCUGUAAAACCUCCCUUCUUACAUGACAACGCAUGGUUGACAGUAAAUAUUUCUCCCCUAGCACAGUAACUAGGGAGAUUAGGCAGAGGGAGGUUGUAGCGAAGGCAAAGGGAGUCCCUAAACUACUGCUUGUUCAAAGCCAGUCCGUGUUCUUCGAUUGCAAUAGCGUUAAGCCUCGAGCUGGCUCCCUUGUCCCUUGUCUGCUGCAGCGCUUGGAGUAGAUCAGGAGACAACGAUUCGUCAAUCCUGUCAAUCCGGGUCUUUGCAGCGGCUCUCCUUUUAGCAUUGAUUUCACACUUCCUUUCCUCCAUCAACUCAAGUACUGGAAUGGUGGAGCUUUGAGUAACAAUAGAAUCGACGUGUGGUGCUGUCAUAUUAAGCGAGGCAUUGAACUGCUCCAAACUUUCGCGCUUAAGAUCGGGAAUCCUAAUCCCGCCCUGCGCAGGUGAUAGACUGACAAGUUCCAUAAGUUCUUCAGGAAGAGGUUCCGCUCGUCCAAAUAAUGAAGAAAGAAAGGACGUGUGAAUCACUUCUUCGGUGGGGUCUACAUACUCUUCAAACGAUUCGAUGGUGCGCAGGUAAUACGUGAAUUUGGAUUUAAAUCCUUUAGUGAAAGCUGAUAAUAAAAAUGAUAAUAAAAAUGAUAAUAAUAAUAAUAAUAAUAAUAAUAAUAACUAAAAAAAUAAUGAUAAUAAUAUUGAUAUAAUGAUAAUGAUAACAUAAUGAUAACGAUGAUAAUAGUGAAAAUACUAAGAUAAUGAUAAUGAUGACCAUGACGAUGAUGAUGACUUUUACGUAAACGUUAACGAUAACGAUAACGAUGGCGUUAAGAAAGCGAUGGCAGAGACGAUAACAAGAACUCAUCACAGGUGAGUUACAGAUCGGAAUGUUUCCUUAGAAUUUUUUUUUUUGCCUGAAUCCUGAACCAAAUGGACAAGUUACGAGUAACCGUUUCCUCUUGACUUUCUUCCUCUUUGCUCAUUUAAGGUCAUAUAUCGUUAAUUUCUUAGCAGGUUAUGGCCAAUAUCAGUGCAAAUUGUUGGUUUUCACAUGACAUCACUAAAAUUCAAACUACAAAACUAUCGAUCCUACUGAGAUUUUACUUUCAUGGUGUAUUAGAGCAGCCCAAAACUAAUUUUCAAACAAACUUUCGGUUCAAAAGGGUUCUUGGUUUGGUAAUAGAGUACGCUUGAACUCCUAAGCUUUUGCGUGACGCAGCAUUUACAUGACGGCCGAGAGAGCUGUCAUUUAGGUUAAAAAAGUGACUUUUUUUCGAGGAAUUUUGCUAUCUAAACAGUUCAAGUAUUAGAAAAAGUAUUACUUUAAUGAUUACCAGUUCCUCUAGGAGAAAAUUCACGCUUUUGUAGCAAAACUCGGUAACAGAUGUUUCUGAUGGUUUCCGUCGUCCAUGUUGGAGCUCAUCCAGAUGAGCUCCAGCAUGGCGUCUCCAUGCAAAGCUCUAUAAAUUUGGGAAAAACAUUUCCUCGGAUAUCUCGUAUACUAAUUAUUCCUUCGACCCAAAUCUUGGUGAGGGUCUUUGUAUAGUUACCUCCUUUCAUUUCCCAGAUUCUGGACUUUAUCUGUCGAAUGGGUUUGAUUUUUACUUUGAUGUAUUUUGAAUGGCGUGACACUGAAAACCAGCAAUAGGAAUAUGUGCUCUCUGUGAUACCAAUUUUAAGGCUCAUAUUUCCUUUUCUUUUCUUUUUUUUUUUUUUUUUUUUUUUUUCAUUUAGUGAACACGUUAAGCUACUUAGACCAGAUGGCUACGAAGUUUUUAACCAGCGAGGCUGUAAUUCUUCUUACCCCGCUGGCACUUCUCUUGAAGUCCCAUUUGGAGACGCACAAUACCUCAUACUUGAUAUAUCUCUGGAACAUAGAUGGAGCGUGGCUAACGUCAAGUACAGUAUAGUGGGCCGAACACUUUACUCAGGUUCGCAACCCAUGGCAUUCCAAAAAUUACUCACAUUACAAGUAAUACUAGGUAUUUCACUAAAGGGGAAUAGGACUCUGUCUAAUUAACGGUCACUUUCAUAUAAUAUUUAUUAAAAUGCAUAUUAUGGCUAACGGAUAUCGCUAAUUUUCGACCUGUGAAACGUAUCCGUUUGAACCUGAACACCAAUUACGCAUUCACCCUUUAAAAGUAUUUCUGCUUGCGAAAGAUGUUUCUAUUUUUGUGCGUAUGAAGAAGAAACUUUGCUUUGUCACUGUUAUCUUUAACUUUCGCACACAGACAACUUACUUGCAAAUUUUAUUUACGUUAUCAAGACUUGUGAAACUCUAGAUUUUAAUUCAUCCUUAAAAAUGAAACAUUCCUUCUUAUUCUCAUUGUUUUACACUUAAAGACGUUGGUAAUGAAUAUUAUUGUGCCGAUGAUCAUAUUAUGAUGAUGAUGAUGAUGAUGUCGAUGAUAAUGAUCAUGAUGAUAAUGGUAAUUUCAUUUAGUAUCAUUAGCGUUAUCGGCAUUAUCAUCAUCAUCAUCAUCAUCAUUGCACCGUCAUCAUGAUCAUCAUCUCCAUUAUUAUUAUUCAUCCACAGCUCAAAUAGUGCCUUCAUGGAAUUUUACCAUCAUCAACAAGACAUCAACGUCAUUAACAGUACGGUGGUCAAACUUCCCUUUAAGUGUUCCAAUCCAGCGUUUAUCAGUGAAGUAUAAGGACAAGAAUUCAAACGUCAGCUUGAUCUACCACGUCUCAAAUUGGUAUAAUUCACAUUACACUGGCAAUGUACUUAAAGCUUACAUGUUUUACGAGGUUUAUGUCGUUGCUGUAUCUUCUGUAAAUGGGACACUGUACUCCAGUGAAGCAAUAACUGCAAGAACUAACGAAGGAGGUAAAUAUGCAACGACCAAAAAUCAAUCAAGUAUCACAUAAACAAACAAAUAAAACCUAUGAACCAUCCCAUGCGAUGCUCACGUCCAAUAUAACUGCGGUCGUACUGUGAGUAUGAUCAUUUUUCUUAAUAAAACAAAAACAUUUGCUUUUUGAUCUCAAGAAAGGAGAGGCUUUCAAAACGCUUUUUUCUCUAUUUGAAAUUUUCGUUUAACCUCUCUGAAUAUAGUCUUCCAGCUGAGGUUUGGUUCGCCAUGCAAGGGAUGCGUGACGAAAUCCUAAGAAUGUCUCUGUGGUAGGCUACACUGAGUUUGGAGAAAGGUUAAUUUCAUACCUGAAGAACAAAAACUUGUCGGAGAUUUAUAAUAAAUCAUUUUUCCUGUUGAGAGUCAUUUCUGCACGAUCACUCCCAAUUUUUUCAAAAUCUUUAGAAACUUCUUAACGGUUUGUUUUUGUUUUUGUUUUUGUUGUUGUUGUUGUUGUCUUUAAUUUUUUAGUUUGAGACCAUGCAAACUAACAGAAAGGAGUGUCGCUUUAAGUUGUGAUUAGUGAGCCGGGCCCAAGUUGUUCAAACGCUAGAUAGCGCUAUUCACCGGAUAAAUCAAUAUCCAGCGGAUCGAAGUAUAAUUGGGAAACCAGUAGGCCAUUUUACAGUUGUGUGCUCAGUGUCCUGGCCUUUGAAUAGAAGCUAGGCUUGUGGUGGCCUUGUUUUGUUACAGACCUUCUUGUUUUUCAUAUGUAAAUGAUCAUGUUCACGGGAUUGUUAGCAUGAGAAUAUCACGGUUUGCAUACGAAAAGCAGGAAGAUCUGUAAUAAAACAAGGUCACUGCCAGCCUCGCUUCUAUCCAAAGGCCAGGGCACUGAGCAUACAACUGUAAUAUAUAGAUUUGGCCAGGGCCAAAAGCGAAGCUCCCGUUAAUAGAUCCAUAAUUUAAAUCAAACUAUAAACUUGUAAUCCACAGAUCAGGGCACAUUCAUGUGACUUUUGAGGCAAGGCUAAGUGAUUUUAGAGAAAAAUAAUUUGACAGUCCAAGAGUGAAAUAAAUUUUACAUCGAGUUAAUAGUCCUAUUUGUACACCCAAAAAUAGCAAUCAUGUUCGAUCACAGUAGAUUAGGCCCGGAAAACAAAUAGACCUAUUCGUGUAUUUUAUUUGCAUUAGCUGUUGCAUCAUAAUGUGGCAUUCACCAGUCUCUCCAAGAGUGCUCCGUUUGAGAGACUAUGGAAAAUUGGACAACCCCGAAUAUAAUCUUAAGAAACACACGCGCCACGAUAGUCCUUGGUGGCAGCUAAUUUACGCGUUGCAUUUCUCUGUCUAAAAGGGAGGCCAAAAUAAAUAGGAUAGUUUACCAAAUUUUGUUACCCAUGGUGCUCCGCUGCGCGCGCUUCGCGCGCGCGAGAGCUCGCCUAAAAUGGCCUAUUGCGUUGACCACUGAACAGAGAUUUGUCCAGUAGAUAGCGCUAUCCACCUUUUGAAUAGCUGGAGCCUGGUGUGUAACCUUUAUUUUGAUAUUGAGCUUAAGUAUCACUUGGAUAUCAGAAACCCCUCAUGACCAAAUGAAGGAAAAUUUCUUCUCUUUGGCGUACCUUCUCACUAAUAUCAUCAUUUGUUAAUGUUUUAACUUUCCCAGUACCAAGCGUUGCACCCUCGGGCUUACGAGUUUCUACGCUGCAUUUCACUGAAUUAAAGGUACAAUGGAAUCCAAUACCUCAGCAUAGUGUAAAUGGGCGACUACUGGGAUAUGUAGUCAACUACGAAGAGUAUCCCUAUUAUCGGUAUGGCACGAGACGAGUCAACACGAGUAGCCCGGAUGUCCGUAUGGUGGUAUUGAGUGGUUUGAAGGCAGCACAUUCCUACAGAGUCUGGGUGGCUGGGUUCACGCGCACAGGAACUGGACCUCAGUCAUCUAAAUACUCUGUCAUUACUGGUAAAUUGAACAGAUCGACAACAAAUCUUAUAGACCAUAGAGACAUUUUUUUCUGCCAGAACGCGCCUUUGUGGAAAUCACGCGUUGCAAUAAGAGAUGGCCCCCAGAAUAAAGAAAUUUAAGCAGCCAAUUUGGUCCUUUCCUUUUACAGGGCUGCAAGUGAACACCCGUAGGAUUUUGAAAGCAAUCCUUUUUUUUUUCAUCUAAUAGCGGUUUUCAGUACAGAACAGUACCAAAAAGUAGGCCAAAAAGGGUACAAGUUAAGUUCGAUCAAUCAGAGCGAAUAACUCAGCAUCAUAAUUGAGAGCAGCCUGGAUACUAUAUUAUAGCCUCAAAUUAGUGAUGUAUCAUCGGAAGUGCUCAUGGGUUACCCAUGGAUGUUUAUUAUGGCGGCUUGAAAAAGAUGAUUGGCCCCUUUCCUAAAGAAAAAAAAAGAUGGCCCUUAAAAGGGAUACUUCAGGGGCCACUUUGUCUUUCAAGUCAAACUUUCUGGCUGUAACACUGCACAGACCUGACAUUAGAUUGUUCAAAACUCAAGUGUCACCACAAACUGUAGGCGAAUGCUUUCAUAGCCUGCAUGAACACGUCUCCUAUUUUCUUUGUUGCUCGACGAUCGAGAUGUCUGUACGCAACCUAGUGUGUUUCACUGCAAAGUGUUUUAUACAUUUUGACGUCAUUUUAAUGGUCUAUGAAUGUAAACAGCAUGAAAAAAAUGUACAUUGUCUUUAAAAUAACAUUGACUGUUUUUCACUUGAAUUUAUUAAAUUGCUCGCGAGAGAUAAACUGCACCUUCAUGACGUCAUUUCCAUGGUUUAAACACUCGCAAGUCCGUUUCAGAUGACGCGAUACUGUCAAGCCAAACUCUAUUCAUAAGUGAGAGUUACAUUAGAAUACAUUUCGAAAGUUGCUUUCUACUUUUAUUCCUUGUUUUUGUCAAGAGCUAUUUUAUUGGACGUCUGAAACCAAGUUGGCUACAGUCGAAGUGUUUCAGUUGAGCCAGCUUAGCCCGGCAGUAGCAUGCCGUUUGAAACAGACCUCAUAGACCACUAGUUCGAAAUAAGCGCCAGAAAUCCUUUUUCAUUUUUUUUACUCUAGAAUGCACUAUGUACUAGUGACUGCUAGCAGUCUGCUUCUUUGCAAAAAAUAGAACGUUAAGAUAUAUCAUACAUCAUAUUUAUUAUUCCGACCUGAAGAAUAGUCUAUUCUAUAGUAAUUCCAGUCAUUUUUACAACUGGUAUAAAUUGGUUUUGACACAUCGUGGCGAAAUCGCAGUAUGUUUAGAAUGAUUUAACUAGAUUGAAAAUAAAAAACUGAGUUAAACUUCAUCAAGCAACUAAAUUUUCUUGUUUUCUUACUGUCAAUUAGGUUGCAAAGGAUACACAGAUCGGUCUUUUGGCCUCUUAGAGAUUGGUUCCAACGGGCGCCCGAGCUAUGUUACAUGUACCUUUGUGAUUCGCAGAGGGGGCAUAAAUCAGGCAGUUGCGGUAGUGUGGAUACAAGAUUUGGUAUUUUACGGGUACUACGUGAAAUUGUUAUCUCUGAUUACUUAACACCUUUCUCCAAGAUUUGUUUGAUAUUGUAGGGUUGUCUUUAACAACCUUGGACAGGCCAAAUGGAUCAUACCCUACAGAUUAUGUAAUUUUGCAAUGGAGGCUCGCAAACAAUCGACGCAUGUCCCCAACUUUUGGCAAAGUUUUGAAUGGCGCGAAUUGUACAAAAAAAAAAUGAAACUGCGGAAAUGUUGAUGUACCAAAAAUAAAUGAAAAACUUUUCUCGUUUAAAAGCUUUCAUUUGUUGUAAAAAAAUGGCAUAGCUGCUGACCACGUGAUUGAAAGUAAAGUAGUUAUUCUCCUUUUUUGAAUAGAGCGUUUCUAGCUCAUACUUUUCCAUCGUUUAACAAUGCAAUGGCCGUCUCCGCCUAGAAAGAGUUUUGAGAUCUAAAAAUUUUGCUACCAUGGCAACGUGACAUCACUUUUCUUUUCCCUGCUGUUAGGAAACAUAACCUAUCUAUCAGUGGUUUAAAGUUUUUUAUUAUUAUUAUUAUUUACCUGUUUAUUAUUAUUUUUAUUACGUUUUUCUUCUUAUAUUUAGGGAAUAUGUGAAAAUAACUGGUGGAAAUGGAUCGCUGGUUUGGCAGGGCGGAUAUUCUUAUUCGCCUGAUCUGCGAUCUUUCGGUCAGGUUGGAUUUGGAAAUGCCAAUGACAUAACUGUUCAGAUACAUUUAAGCAGCUACAGUCGCCUCAAGCUUCAAUACGGAAUUAUGAAGCAAGGUCUUUUCUCAGGUUAGAAUCCUUACAUCUGCUAAAUGAAUAAAUGAUAUAGGUAGAUAAAACUCUCUGUUAUAUUAAGUUUGGCAUAUAUUAUUAUUCUAGAUAGGGUGCCAAAAGCGAAACAACAAUAGUUUCCGUAACACCAAGAAACACCCCAGCUAAUUGAGAAGAUUUGUAUGCGUUUCCCUUUUUGUUAUUACUUUCAUUUAAAAUUAUUGGUCUAGUUGCACUCACUGAUUCGAGCAAACGUUGCACAGCCUCCAACAGAUCUUGACAAAAGCUUAGUACAAUGGAACCUCGGUAUCACGAAGGGUCAAUGAACUGGCAAAAUUUGUUCACUAUAACGAGUUUUUGUGUUCGCGAGGUUCUUUUCCAUAUAUGUUUCUGUUACUAAGGCAAAUUAAAGAAAAUCGUUCGUUAUACUGAGGACUUCGUUCUAUAGAGGUUCGAUAUUUCGGGGUUCUACUGUAAUAUUCAUACAUGCAGAUAUCGGUUGAUUUAUGUAUCAUUUUUUAAGCUUUACUUAUUAACUGGAAUGUGACCGUUGACAACACCUCGAGAACUUCGAUGACAGUUCACUGGGAGAAUUUAGCACCGCUCAUCAACGACACCGUACUCUAUUAUAUCGCAACCGCCCACCAUGGUAACCUACCAAGAGCAGCAGUCGUUUCAGGAGAUUUAUACAGUGCAAACUUUCUGGGGCUGUCAACUUACACAGAAUAUCAAGUAAACGUCGUUGGAAUAAGCAGCCAUGGUCAACCCUACAACAGCUCAAACGUCACAGCCCUAACAGAGGGAGGAAGUAAGUGUUGUAUAACGUUUUGGGCAAAACACGUCACGCGACGCCACGCCACGCCACGCUACGCCAAGAACGAAAACAAUACUUUAUUUCACUGUCACUAGGUUAUCGUUUCUCAAGAUAAGACAUAGAACCAUUGUAACUUCCGUUAAAGUUUCUCUCUAGUAGAUUUCUUGAUGGUAUGGAUUGCAAUUACUUUUUUGCUCUGCAUAUGACACAAAUAUGUGACUUUAAUAAUAAAUCGGCAUGCUGGGGUCCAUGUCAAAUAUAGGGAAAGUUAAAGGAAAAAACGAAAAUAAGCAAGGGAUAGUAAAUGUAUUCGUAAGCUACAGAAAAAAGUCCGUACUGAAUAAUUAUUACAGGGUGUAUGUGCAUAUGUACCGAUUAUACAGUGGUUAUUUAACAAUUAUUCUUUGAAAUCGAGGUGAACAAUGGCUCAAUAUUUACCGAGUUGCGAUAGCGGCGAGGUAAAUAUUCCCAAAGCCACUAUUCACCGAGAUUGAGAAGAAUAAUUGUUUUAGUAUAUACUCCCGAAGUGAUAUCAACAAAAUCAGAGAGGAAACCAUUAAAAAAUACGAUUUGAUUGACAGAUCAAAUCACGCGUACGUUUAAAAAAUAGAUCUUUGCAGAAUUUUCAAACAUGGCAUUUCACAAGUUUAUCAUUUUGCAAACAACAACGUAAUGGCUUAAAUGGAACCGCUAAAAGUUUGGACUGUUUCCUUACCUAAGAAGAAAAGAGCUUUGUUGUAUUCUGUUGACUCGCCAAGUUUAUAGCCAAAAGGGUUUGUUGUGUCGUUCUUCGCAUGAAGUGCUGACAAAAAUGGCGGCUCGGUUGUUUGGGGUAAGACGUCGUCAUCCUGUAUCAUUCGUUUUUUUUUUUUUGCAAACGUUUCCUUUUAAAUUUGUUUUUCAUAAAUAAACUUCGAUUUUUGAGCCAAAAUGUUUCUUGUUAGAAAACGCUGAGUUCACGAAACGGCUUCUUCUACGCGAAUAUACGGGAAUUGUAAACAAUCCAUCGAGCACAAAACUCAGCUACAGUAAAUUGAAAAACACCGUAUUGAAUCCUUCCAAGUCUUUUCUUGCCUUAAAUAAGUCUGCCCUAGGAUUUUGUCGACUUAUAAAAGAUCAUUCUCUAAAAAAAAAAAAAAAUGGGAAAAACACCGAGGUCACACAUUAUCCACUCGCUAUGAGGUGAUUAUUGUUGAAUAGUUCUAGAUAGCGAACCAAUCAGAUCGCUUAAAUCACUAAGACCACUGAGUGUGUAUAUACUAAAAUAUAAUAGUUAAUUAUAGUAACUGGUAUGUGUAAUCAAGUGGUGACUACUGAAAUUUGGAAAUAAUUCAUCACGACUAGGAGGUGAAUAUUGUUGAAUAGUCCGAGAUAGCUGUCACCCAGGAUUCACGGGAGAUGGUCAUACCAUUUGAUUACCUAAUAAAUAAAAAUUAUUCUCCGAAGUGGAGGUGGCUAGAGGUAACUAGUUACCAAGGCCGCGAAGUGGCGAGGUAACUCUCUACCACUAGCCACCGACACUGAGGUGAAUAAUUGUCUUAGUAUAUACUAAAACAGUGAGCUAACUGAGCACAAAAAUGAUGAUUUUUAACUCAUUUACUGUUGCCAACGAUUACAAUUUUGGCGCGCAGUGACCGAAGAGCCGCGGUCGUCGCUUUUCUUGCAGACAAAUGAAACUUUUGAAGGCAUUUCUUUAGCUCUUGUGGGGAAAUUUCCUCAUUGAGUAGCCAAUCAGAGCGCACGAAAAGCACUAUCCACUGUUUUAGUAUAUACUAAAUAGAUUUAGCCAGGGCUAAAAGCGAGGCUGUCUUUAAUGUUUUUAGUUUCAUUCAACAAAAUAAUAUAUAGAUUUAGCCAGGGCUAAAAGCGAAGCUCCCAUUAAUAAAUUUAUAUUUUAAAUCAAAAAAUAAACUUGUAAUCCACAAAUCAGUUAACUUAAGGGCACAUUCAUGUGACUUUUGAGGGAAAGGAUAAGUUAUUUUAGAGUGAAACAUCUUACAUCGAGUUGAUAGCCUAAAUAUAUGUACACCCAAAAAAUAGCAAACAUCUUCUAUCACAUUCAAGAGCCAUAAUGGCUCUUGAUCACAGUAGAUUAGGCCUCGAAAACAAAUUCUUGGAAAACAAAUCAGGCCGCAUUUUUUUGCGUUCGACAGGUUUACUUUACAAACUCUUGCCAACAAAUCUGAGGUUGUGUAAACCAGCUUUUUAUACUUUUUAUACAUCACAUCUGAGGUGAAACAGUACUUUUUAUCAUACAGACCUCGGACAGAAUACGGCAUUUCACAAUUUUUCAAUAUUCAGGACGAUCAAUCGUGGGCUUUUAGCGAAACCGUUCAAAAAAUUUCCAAAAUCACCCAUACGUUCAGCCGGUUCUCAUUUUUAGUGCGAGCUGUCAGUGUGGUCGAGUGUUUGACUGAACUUUAAUGGAGAUACGCUUCAACAUUUUUGUUAUUUAAUGGUUCCAGUUAUAACGAUGUGUAAUCUUAUAAAGCGUUUGAUACGCGCUACAUUUCUAAGUACUUCUGGGAUGUUCAUGAACGAUGAAAACAAACACCACGGACAAGCGAUUAAAAUUGCAAGAGAGACUACUAGCAAUCAAUAAAAAAAUAUAUAAUUCGGUAAAACAUUUACAGAGACAACAAUUUUCAUUCACGAAGACAAGUAUUAAAGUGUGUCUAAAAAUCCUGAGUCUUUAAGCUCAAAGCUUAAGCUUAAGUUUAUUUUGUUUUACUUUCAGCCGGCCUCUCGGUGUUUGCUUUUUUUUUCAAAGAUGAACUCCUGGAAACAAGAAAAUCACUCAAAGGUUUCUUUCUACAGCCAAAUUUAUAACUAAAUAUUCUUCGGAACGUUUUUUUCUUUUUUCUAUUUGCCGUGAGAAAAUAUAUCUGAAGGCCUUUUAAAGUUCUGUAAGCUUAUAUCAAACCUGAUACUAGAUCCGAUCAUUGACUCAAAUCUCAACAAACGUGCAAAAACUUGCCGCAUAAACUGUGCUCGACUUCAUGAAAUUGGAUGUAACAAAAACAAACAUUAAAUACAAUAGUUACUCAGGCUUACCAUUCGAGAUUCAGUUCCUGAAAGAUAUCAAGGAAAGCCAUAGUUGCUUGAGACUUUUAAACCCUCUUACGCAUUGAGCAAAGUGAAAGACGAAAACGAUGCCAUCCGAAAUCGGAUUACCAAAUUUUGACAAGCGACGCAUUUCUCAACCAAAAACCCAAUAAACAAACCAGCCAUGGAUAAGAGAACACUCUUGACAGCAGCUGUAUUUCAUUUUGUACAUCCGGUGGAAAAAGACAGUUAAAAACAUCACAAGUUGACACAAAACUCUGUCAGCUUUUACUGUCAAGGUAAACAACUUUCAAGAUGCUGCAUAAAUUUUCCGCAUGAACUCACCUGUCAAAUUUUGACCAAUCAGAGUACAAAAAUUGGACGUAGAGCGUGACCAACGCGUGACCAUGGUAAGAAAAGUGGUCGGAGGUCAGUUUGAAAUCAAAAUCUUGACAGUGCGGGGCCGUAGUGACAUAAACACAACAUAUUUCAUAUGAAUCAUUGGAAAAAAUAAACUUGAGCCUGCGAUCAUUUGAAACUGGUAAUUUGUCAGCGGAUAACUUCAAAAACGUACUAGACCUCGAUGGGUCGACACUUGAGCCCGCGGUACAGUCAGGUGAUACUGGUCAGCGGAUAUCCUGUUUUGACAGCUGUCAAUUGAUCACAACAUUGAUGUGCAAUUAGUUUUCUAUUGGGCUCCCAAACUAGCUAGAAAGUGUGAGAGUAAACAUUGGUUCCCCUGUGGUACGGACGGACGGUCGUACGGUCACGUGAUUACCAAAUUUUCUCGGAUGGGUAGAUUACCACAUUUCCUUAGCUAUGGGGCUCCGUCCACGCGCGCGCGAAUCAUGCAAUUUUGUAGCGGUGGGAAGAAAAUGAGAAAUCCUAGUGGCCACCAAGGUGAAAAUGAGCGGCAGUGAAAAAAGUUGAUUGUUGUUGUUGUUGUUUUUUUUUUUUUUUACCGUUCUCGUUGUCUUCGUUUCUGUAGCAUUGCAUGAUUUGUUUAAUUAAUUAUUACAGUAUUAUAUACUGUCAUUAACUUAGUAUGGGCCAAAAGAGUACACUUAUUUUUACUACAUUCAAUCACCUUGUUUUGUUUUUAGUUCCCAGAAGAGCACCAUCUUAUAUCAUGGUGACUAACCUACGGUUUGAUCAAGUUAAAGUACAGUGGGAUCCUCUCCCUCAGCAAUUUGCCAAUGGGCGUCUCCUUGGAUACACAAUCUACUAUCACGAGUAUUAUUACCCGUAUACGAAAAAAUCGCUGAAAACCAGGAGUCCGUAUGUUAACAUGGUGAUAUUAAGAGGUCUCAAGGCAGCAACUCGCUAUAAAAUAGCCGUAGCAGCCUUUACGCCUAAAGGCGCGGGAACCCAGUCGUAUUGGCAGUACAUAACAACAGGUGAUAUUUUAUGUCAUAACGCUGUUAAAUUUUAGUUAUUUAUAGAAUUCUGAUUUGCGUUAAUCCCCCAUGCACAGAGUCUUUCUCUCAUACUCAACCUCAUAUACUAACUGUUGAAAUGUUUACGAAGAGAGCGAUGGAUUCAGAACAAACUUUUAUGCAACUGCGUGACGCGACAUAUACAUAGCGGCCAAUAGAACUGUCACGUAGGGUAAACGAACAGUCAUUUUAUGAUAAAAAUCAGCGAUAAAAGGCCACGACGUUUCGACUCCGUUUCGACCUACAAUCGGAAACCACCUGAGGGAUCAGUACAACAUGUCCCCAAAUGAAUUUGCGCGAAAUUUUAGAAUGUUAAAAAAGUGCCACAACAAACUUGAUUGCCUUAUUUUUGAAAUUCUUUUUAUCAAAGAACUGAAACCAACUCUGAACAGAAUGAUUCCAUCCGCGCUUAAUUAUUUGUUUACAUCGGCUUUAAUUAGCUUUAAGUAGGUCUCGUUUUCGAUGUUAAAUUGCAAUAUCGGUCAAUUUACGCAACUUUUAAACUGCUGGCUCAGUUUUCGUUUGCUUCUGUUUAGAAAAUGGAAUAAUAAUUACUUAGGGGUAAUAGAGUGUAAAGAUUUGUGGAGAAAAACAACAAAAACUUGCAGAUCUAUAGCGAAAAAUUUACUUUAACAACGACCUAAAAUAUUCAAAACGCUCAGAUUACGUGACUGAUGACGUCAUGUCCCUCUUUUGGUAACGAAAAAAAUUGUCAGGUAGAACAUUACUUUCCUGCAACUUUUCUCUGCCGUGUGAUGAAACGUCAAUUCUCUACAGCCCUCGGCCUAGUUUCCCGCCUUUUUGCGCUUAUGCUCAUUCCCCCUUUAAAUUUUAAACUCCGGACGUAAACUGGUUAUUUUUAAAUGCUCCACACAACCAAAACCUCAAAAUGCUAUUUUAUUUUAACCCAAUGAUGAGAUCUUGUCACAGCAACAAAAAACCCUAAUUCAGCAAUGGUCACGUGACUGAUGGCGUCAUCACCCUAGGUGUGACAUGAGGAGAUAUUUUAUGGCAAAUAUUUUCUUGUUAUGGUCUAACAUUCUUCUACGUAUAAAAUUGUCAAAGUUGCAAAGCUUUAAAAAAAAACUUGCCUCAAAGGAUUCUGGGAUAAUUUUUAUGAUAAUUAUAAUAUACUUUUAUAAUUAUUAUUUAUUUCCAUGUUUUAAAAAUAAUUUAUCACUUAUCGUUUACACAUUGUAUCGCUUUUUGUUGUUCAUUGUAUUCUUACAUUUUAAACUAUUUUAAAACCGUUGUAAUAUGUAGUUAUGAAACUCGCACUUGAAAAUGACCUCGGUGAGGUCGAGACAUUAGGGCCAUUUAUACGAGGAAAAAUAAGACGCGUCUUACAUAAGACGCGUCUUAAAUAAGACGCGAACUGUACCAUUUAUACGAGCAUGUCUUAUCUAAUAAGACGCGUCUUAGCUAAGCCGCGUCUUAUUUUAGACGAAAUGUGCCAUUUAUACGGAAAGUUCGCGUCUUAUGUAAGUCGCGUCUUAUUUUUCCUCCUAAACGGUCAUUGUGUUUGAAAAAAAUAACGUUAUUUUAAUGUUUAUGAGUUCUUCGAGAGAUAAAUGCACGCUUUUACAGCAAACCUCAGUGACAUAUGUAUCUGUUCGUUUCCGGCCGCCGUCUUGGACCAGCAUGGCGUCUCCAUACAAAAUUCUAUAAAUGUGGGUAAAACAUUUCUCUGAAUUUCUCGCAUAUGAAAAAAUGUACCAACCUGAAUCUUGGCGAGGAUCUUAUUUAUCUCCUUUCAUUUUCCUGUUUCUGGACCAUAUCUAUUGAACGAUUCCUUUAUUUUUGAUGGCCUGACAUUAAAAACCAGCAAUAACAGGGGACAUUGCCCGUUUGCUUUGCAGGUUGUGGAGGCAACUUAAAUGAAUUGUUUGGGAACUUUCAAGUCGGCCGAAGAUAUUACUCUCAUACGCUACUAUGCAACUGGAAAAUUGGAAAUGCAGGGAUCAGCCAAGCUGUUGCACUUGUAUCAUUACGGGAACUAUCUCUGUCUGAUUACCGGUGA